AUGCGUUGUCUGUUUUUUGUUUCCAACAGUCUACUCUCUUUCCGUCUUGGCCGUCAGGGAAAGAGUAUCAAAGCUAGAAAUCCAACGAACCCACGAGCCCUUAACCCCCUCUCACUCAACCCACCUUUCUCCCUCCCCCUGGCCCAUGUCGCUCUUGCUUGGUCGCUCAAACUCACCAUUUUUCGUUUGUCCUAUCCCUCUUCUCACAACCAGCCACUCAGCUGGCCAGCCGCUCAGCUACCCCGGCAGCCAGACACUAUUGCAUCGGCUCUUCCAUUGAAUCCGUCUAUCCAUCAAUCCAAUUAG